AUGCAAUCGUGCGGCGUGUCUCUGGCCGCCGCUGCCUGCGCUGCUGCCCGGAGUCUCGGCUCGGCUUCUUCUGGUGGUGAUGAGGGAAAGAAAAUGGCGGCGGGAAAAGCGAGUGAAACAGAGGAGGACUUUCCGACACUGACAGCCCCGGAGAGGGACAGUUUGGUCGGGAUCGACAGCUCACUGUUUGGAUUUCAGAAGCUUCAUGAAGAUGGCGCCAGAACGAAGGCCCUGCUGAUGAAGGCUGUUCGCUGCUACGAUUCGCUCAUCCUUAAGGCCGAGGGGAAAGUGGAGCCGGAGUUAUUCUGCCAGCUCGGCCACUUCAACCUCCUCUUGGAGGAUUACCCGAAAGCAUUAUCGGCAUACCAGAGGUACUACAGUUUACAGUCAGACUACUGGAAGAAUGCUGCCUUUCUGUAUGGCCUGGGAAUGGUCUACUUCCACUAUAAUGCCUUUCAGUGGGCGAUCAAAGCAUUCCAGGAGGUGCUGUACAUUGACCCAGGGUUCUCCCGGGCCAAGGAGAUCCACCUUCGCCUGGGUCUCAUGUUCAAAGUCAACACAGACUACGAGUCAAGCCUAAAGCAUUUUCAGCUGGCUUUGAUUGACUCCAACCCCUGCACUUUGUCCAAAGCUGAAAUUCAGUUCCACAUUGCUCAUUUGUAUGAGAUUCAGAAGAGAUACCGGGCUGCCAAGGAGGCCUACGAGAGCCUUCUGCAAACGGAGGAUCUUUCUGCACAGGUGAAGGCCACUACCCUGCAGCAGCUCGGCUGGAUGCAUCACACCGUGGAGCAGCUCGGGGACAGAGCCAGCAGGGACAGCUAUGCCAUCCAGUGUCUGCAGAAAUCUCUGGAGGCCGACCCCAACUCUGGACAGUCCUGGUACUUCCUUGGGAGGUGCUACUCUAGUAUUGGGAAGGUCCAGGACGCCUUCAUCUCCUAUCGGCAAUCCAUAGACAAAACGGAGGCCAGUGCUGACACCUGGUGCUCUAUAGGGGUGUUGUACCAGCAGCAGAACCAGCCCAUGGACGCGCUGCAGGCCUACAUCUGUGCCGUGCAGCUGGACCACAGCCACGCCGCCGCCUGGAUGGAUCUGGGCACGCUGUACGAGUCCUGCAACCAGCCGCACGAUGCCAUCAAGUGCUACAUCAACGCCACACGCAGCAAGGGCUGCACCAACACCACCGCGCUAACCCACCGCAUCAAAUGCCUGCAGGCUCAGUUGAGUAACCCCCAGCUCAGUAGCCUACAGGGUAAAAGUAAAAUGCUCCCUCUUAUUGAGGAGGCAUGGAGUCUGCCAAUCCCAGCUGAGCUAACCUCCAGGCAGGGAGGCCUGAGCAGUGCACCACAGCAGGCGUGUAAGCCCAAUCACAGCGCAGAGGGAGGGGGCUCGGGUCAGGCUCUGCCCCCUCACCUGGGCUCGCUGGGCCAGGCGGAGGACCAGUCCUGCCCAGCCAAGAGGAGGAGAGCCUCCAGCCCCACCAAGGGUGAUUUAUGGGCCAGUAAUCCCGCACAGCCAGUUCCCAACUGGUACCUCUCCCCGCAGAAAUUACAGAUGCUGGAACAGUUGCGGAGUAACCGCGCCAGCCUGAAGCCGCCGCAGCUUCAAAUGUUGGAACAGCUGGAGGCGCAGCUCGCCAUGAUGCAGCAACACCAGAACCAGAUGAGACAGAAUGCCUCAGGAGGUCAGGUGCGUCCCUCUCUCCCCAACGGCCCCACCUCCAACUCCCUCCCCUCCCCCAACCCCAGCCUCCACCCAACCAGGCCCCACCUGGGACCCCACCGGCCCCUGUGCCCGCCACAGCCACUGGCCAACGGGCCCGUGGGCCCCGGGCCGCAAGGGCCCUCGGACUCCCUCGCCGUGGGCGAUAGUAGUAAGAUUAGUAGUUUCAGUAGUAGUAAUAAUCAGCCAGGGCCCUCGGGGUCCAACGGAGACGUGCCUUACCUGCAACCUGCCGGCAGCGGCGACGCAACACUGCUACCUCACACCUGCACAAGCACGCAAACACGGGACGCCACGCCGCACCAGGCCCUGCACCUAAACACCUCUCAGGGGCUUCAGAGAGGGUCUAUUCCACAUGCGAUGGGCUCCAACAGUGAGGGGGCCCCCUCUCACUCGCAGACCCCCAACUCCACUGCCCCUGUGCACCCCAACAAUCAGGUUGGACAUUCCACUAACGCCCCAUCGCCACGGCAGCAGCCUCACAACCACCUCCCAUCCCCACCCUCCCUCCCGCACUCCUCUACCUCAGGUGGAGCAGCACCCGGUGCGUCCGCUACCAAAGAUAGCAACACCACAGCCGCCCUCGCCACGGCAGCCGCAUCCCUCGGCAACGGCGGCACCGAGGGCAAGAUGCCAUCGCCAUUGCCACCGGCGGAUGGCAAAAAGGCUCUGGCGGACGGCCUCGCCAAUCACGUCCACUCUGGGGAUGGCGGCAGGGCGGCAGAAGGCGGCGAGAAGCCGAGCCUUAGCGCAGACAAUCUCAGACUAUCUGCCCUGCUGGCGGUUGGGAAGGGCCCCGGUGGGGUUGAGGCGCCGUCAGAAGGGACCGCAUCCACCACCGCGUCCACCACGUCCGAUUCCCACAAGAAAGUCAACAACAUCCACCCGGCCGUCUUGCCCUCCACCCCCCACGCACAGGGCAGCUCGGCUGCUUCCUCGCCCAUCUCUGCCAUGUCCACCGCCACGCCCUCACCCAAGUCCACAGAACACACGCAGACUGGUAUCCACAGUCCCGCCGCCACAACCACCACCACCACCACCACGACGUCUGCUGCGCCGGCUGUGAACGGUAACGGCAAAGGAGGCAUCUCUGAGGACUCUCAAAGCCCGCUGAAGGCCGAGCCGCCCGCCGUCGCGUGUCUUAAAGCCACGCCCCCACACGGACACGGCUCGUCGUCGUCAUCCUCGUCAUCUUCAGUGUCCAUCUACCCGAGCUCCACAGACGUGCUGAAGGCCUGCAGAAACCUGGGAAAGAACGGUCUCUCCAACAGCAGCAUCCUCCUCGACAAGUGCCCCCCGCCCCGGCUGCCCCCUCCGCCCUCGCCGGCCCUGCCCAAAGACAAGCUCAACCCUCCCACACCCAGCAUCUACCUGGAGAACAAGAGGGAUGCGUUCUUCCCCCCACUGCACCAGUUCUGCACAAACCCCUCCAACCCCGUCACUGUCAUCAGAGGACUGGCUGGAGCACUCAAACUGGACCUGGGUCUGUUCUCCACGAAGACGCUGGUGGAGGCCAACCCCGAGCACCUAGUGGAGGUCUGGACUCAGCUCUCGCAGCCCGCGGACGAGAACUGGGACCCGGCCGGCACCAAGAAGAUGUGGCGCUGCGAAAGCGCCCGCGCCCACACCACCAUCGCCAAAUACGCCCAGUAUCAGGCUGCUUCCUUCCAGGAAUCCCUGCGGGAGGAGAACGAGAAGAAGGCACUAAAGGAGCCCUCAGACGCGGAGCCAGCAUCGGCAGAGAGUGUUGCACGCAAGAGACGGGGACCCUUAAAGCACAUCAAGUUCGGAACCAACAUCGACGUGUCGGACGAAAGGAAGUGGAAGCAGCAGCUCCAGGAGCUCAGCAAACUGCCGGCCUUCGCUCGGGUCGUGUCCGCCGGCAACCUGCUCAGCCACGUGGGCCACACCAUCCUGGGCAUGAACACGGUCCAGCUCUACAUGAAGGUCCCUGGGAGCAGGAUACCUGGUCACCAGGAGCACAAUAACUUCUGCGCCGUCAACAUCAACAUCGGACCGGGGGACUGUGAGUGGUUUGCCGUACCGGAGCCGUACUGGGGCGUGAUGAGCAACUUCUGUGAAAAGAACAACAUCAACUUCCUGAUGGGCUCGUGGUGGCCCAAUCUGGAGGACCUGUACGAGGCAGACGUGCCCGUCUACCGGUUCAUCCAGCGUCCGGGCGACCUGGUGUGGCUCAACACCGGCACCGUGCACUGGGUGCAAGCCAUCGGCUGGUGCAACAACAUCGCCUGGAACGUAGGACCUCUCACAGCUCACCAGUACAAGCUGGCCGUGGAGCGCUACGAGUGGAAUAAGCUCCAGAGCGUCAAGUCCGUGGUUCCCAUGGUGCACCUCUCCUGGAACAUGGCCCGCAACAUCAAAGUGUCCGACCACAAGCUGUUUGAGAUGAUCAAGUACUGCUUGCUGCGGACGUUGAAGCAGUGUCAGAGUGUGAAGGAAGCCUUGGUGUCGGCCGGCAAGGAAACCGUGCUGAAGCCGAGGUCCAGGGACGAACCGGCUCACUACUGCACCAUCUGCGAGGUGGAGGUGUUCGACCUGCUGUUUGUGCGCCGCGAGCUCUUGUCCAAGAAGCAGCACGUGGUCCACUGCCAGGACUGCGCCAGGAAAGGCAGCGCCACGCUGGACGACUUUGUGGUGCUGGAGCAGCACAGGAUGGACGACCUGAUGCAGGUCUACGACCAGUUCACAUUAGUAAGUCGGGCGGCAGACUGAGAGAGAGAGAGCGGUCCACUUUCAGGGCCCCUCCUCUUCAUUCAUCUUCAUCUUGACAUUAGGUGACGCCUCCUCCUCCUUCUUCUUCUUCUUCUGCUGCUGCGGAGCCGUGACGCCCAUGCACAGGAACUUGUAUUAAAUUUUUUUGAAAAUAAAUGAAAUUUUUAAAAAAGAAGAAAGAAAAAAAAAAGAAGAGGAAAACAAACAUCUACAUACACGGACCAUUUCUGAUAUUCAGGAAAGCCGAGGCCGUCUCCCCACCCUCUCCACCCGCUCCACCCGCCCCUUCCCAUAUGGCUGGUCUCCAUAGCGACGGCUGGAGGCUGAGUGUGUCUGUCUAUGCAACCUGUUUGAAGUGCUGCGGCCCGGCCCUUCCAGAGGGGGGCGCCGCCGCCGCCGAGCUCACUAACAGGACUCGUCUCCCCUCCCCUCCCUGCCCGCCCGCCCGCCCCCUCUAAUGACAAUGGUUCUGCCCUGUUUUACUGGAGGACUUAAUCAAAAACGGUCGGGAACCGGGGCUUAGGAUUCUUCAACGCGUGAUAAAAAAUGUUUUGUAGAUACUUGUUAACCGACACAACUGGCAACACCACCCAUAAAAGACUACUGACUUGACAACCUCUCUCUCUCUCUCUAUACUCGCUCUCUCUUUUUCUAUUCUGGUAACAGGAUGAAAUGUUGGCUUUGAUUUAUAGAUUUCACCCAGAUUUUCUUGUUUUUCCUUCUGAGGAGCACGAGGCCUAACUGCUCUCUUUCUAUGGUAGAUGGUAAUUUAAAGACUCUUUGGACGGAAAAAUCUCCCCAAAAAAAAUACUGUAAUGUGAAGAGUUUAGGUGAUUAUUCUUUCUUUCUUUCUUUCAUUUCUUUCCUUUUUUAUUUUUUUUAUACAGCUUUUAUGUUUUAUCUUUGUGUUGUUCUUUUCAAAACUAUGAGGUUUUGUUUGUUUCUUAGGUAAAACAAAAAAAAAAGAAGAAAAAAAACAGGAAAAAAAAACUUACUAGCCAAGUCACAAAGAAAAUGGGUUGCACAUAGACUUAUGGAAUAAAGUUUAAUUUGUGAUUUUGUUUUGUUGUUUCUAAUCUUGAUGUAAAUUUACACUAUUUAUAAAUACAUAUUUAUUGCUUGAAAAAAAAAAUUUGUUGAUGGAAUGCUGUUAUUUUUCCCAGAGUACCUGCCAUUAAAUUUGAAGGAGUUUUGUCAUUUUAACACAACUCCUCUUACAUUUUCUAUAUAUAAAUAAAAUUGCUUAGCAAGCAUUGUACAGAAACGGACAUUUAAAAUCGUUUUAUUGUUUGAAGAAUGUUUUAUGAUGAGUCAAUAAACACAAAAGUUGUCAAAUUA